GCGGCACGUGCCAACGCUGCCUGUUGCAGUUUCUUGUACGUGCGUAGCGCUAUUUAAACGCCAGGCAGGCUCUGACGAUUGCCUUAGCAGUGCAACGAGACUGAAAGAUCUAUCAUAUCGCACCCCAGAUUUUUUCGAUUCUUCAGGGAAAGAAGGCGGCGGAAAGUUGGAGGAGGAGACGGUGUUUGGAUAUCUAUUGCUUUGUCUGUGGUCAUGCCUUACCUUGUCCGAGAGAAAUUAUUUAUUGGUGAUAUCAGUGACGCUGCGGAGAUCCUUCAAAAUGGUAGCGAUGAAAUCACGCAUAUCUUAUCGGUCCUUAGCUCUGCUUCAAUAUCAUUCUUUUCCGAGUGGCGAAGUAGCCUAACGAUCCCGGCAAAGGAAAUUAAGAAGGUAUAUGUGGGUGGUGGUCACGGUGGUGCUUCUGAUGAUGACUUGGGUGAUAUAUCAAGAAGUCCGUUGUCACUGGAAAGCCUUCUGUACUCGUUGGAAUAUGCAGGUAAGGAUCUGAAGUUGGUGAGGAUGGCUGUUCCUCUGAGGGAUACGGAAAAUGAAGAUUUAUUGGAUUACUUGGAUGUUUGCGUCAAUUUUAUUGAUCGAAGUAGGAAAGAUGGUUCUGUUUUGGUGCACUGCUUUGCUGGAGUAUCAAGAAGUGCAGCAAUCAUUACAGCAUAUCUGAUGAGAUCUGAACAUCUAUCUCAAGAAGAUGCCCUUCAAUCAUUAAGGAAGAGCUGUGAAUUCGUUUGCCCCAAUGACGGUUUUCUAGAGCAGUUAAAAAUGUAUGAGGAGAUGGGCUUUAAGGUGGAUCGCUCUAGCUCUAUAUACAGGCGCUUUCGUUUGAGAGUAUUGGGUCAGAAUUAUAACUCGGGUGUGAGAGUAGACGGUUCUAAACUUGGAGCUGAUCCUGGCAUACCUGUCAGUGUUUCUUCAGAGGUAGGAGCUCCAAGAGCAGAAAAUAAUUGUAGUCCUACAUAUCGCUGCAGGAAGUGCCGACGUGUAGUUGCAUUGAAGGACCAUGUUGUAGACCAUGUUCCAGGUGAAGGGGAGACAUCCAGCGAGUGGCAUAAGUGGAGAAGUGACAGCCUCUAUAACAAAUGUAAUGAAUCUGAGUGUUCUUCUAUAUUUAUUGAGCCACUACAGUGGAUGAAAGCAGUUGAGGAAGGUGCAUCGGAGGGGAAGUUGAGCUGUGCCCACUGUGACGCUCGCUUGGGAAACUUCAAUUGGUUUGGCAUACAAUGCAGCUGUGGAAGCUGGAUAACCCCUGCCUUUCAGAUCCACAAGUGCCGAGUGGAUAGAAGCCCUGUCUAACUUUACACUUUAUGCCCACCAACUUUACGCAGCUUCAUGCGUGUCCUCAUUGGGAGACCAUCGACACAUCUUGUCAGAAAACGUAUAUUCUGCUCAAGUUUCCCAAGCCAAUGGAAUUGAAAGCGAUUGAACCCUUCUUGAACUGUUUGCUUUACGGAACGACUUUGUAGUCAAUAGAAGCUCUCCUUGAAAGGUUUCGAAUAUUUCUAGUAAAUACAGCACCAUGAGUUGGGUUUUUUCCCUUUAUGUGGGCUUGAUUGCUUGAUGGGUUGUAAUUAAUGCAUGAAGGGAUUUGUUUAUGCCCCUUGUUUUCGGUUGGUAUCUUUAUGAAUAUGAUUGCUUCGAGGGUGAAGAAUAAGAUACCUGAUACUUGAAUUUAUUAGGAGCUUCUGGGAUUAUUUGUGGAAUAGUUUUGAGCCAUCUAUGAUCUAAAGAUUGGUAAAUUCCUGCCUUAUUUAGUCUUUGCCAGUUGUAUAUAUUUAUAGCCGCGGAAAUGCCAGGCUGAUUGUUUCUCCAGAAAAUGGGUUUCAAGCGUAGUAAAUAACUACGAGUUUAUUCUAUACGAACGAUGAAAUGACUCGUGCCCAGAAACAACUGGGGAUCAUUGCAAUU